AUGGCGCCGAACCAAGGUGACGAGGAUGUGCAAGCCCUUUCAAGGACUCCCCACGAAUUCCCUUACAGUUCCAUGAUUGAGCAUGCGCGUCGUCCUUCAGAAGCCUAUGUCAACCUGCAUGCCAAUGUCGAAGCCAAGAUCAAGAACCCUUUAUGGGGCAUCCCCCGGUCAAGGUUAAUGGCCGACGUCGAUGACUUUUGUCGCAAGAAGGACCUCGACGACUAUCGCCAUCUCAUCCGACAGGGCGCCCUCGUUGCCCAGGAUCCCACUGGUUAUGAAGAUAUUGAUGGCGACGAGAAGCUCAACGACGACGAGAUCGAAGCGCUUAGGAAUGAGAUCCUCCACAAGUGGCGCGUCCCCUUCGUUCUAUACCUGACUGUUGCUACCUGCUCUAUCGGUGCUGCCGUGCAAGGAUGGGAUCAGACGGGCUCAAACGGUGCCAAUCUUGAGUUUCCGUAUGCAUUCGAUAUUGGAUCCAACAGUAUCCGAGAUAAGCUCCUGGUCGGCCUCGUCAACUCUGCGCCGUACAUCGGUACUGCGUUCUUUGGAUGCUGGCUAUCAGACCCUCUAAAUCAGCGUUUCGGCCGUCGAGGGACAAUCUUCUUCUCGGCCAACUUUUGUCUCUGGCCCGUUAUUGGAAGCGCGCUGUUCCCCAUCUUUGCUGCCGAAAACUCGCCCGCCCCGAUCCGAGGAGCUUUUGUCAUGAGCUGGCAGAUGUGGACAGCAUUUGGCAUCUUUCUCGGAACUUGCGCAAACGUGGCCGUCACCAAGAUUGGCCACAACGCUUGGAGGUAUCAGCUUGGGUCGGCCUUCAUCCCCGCCGUGCCCCUGUUGAUAUUGAUCUACUUCUGCCCCGAGUCACCGCGUUGGUACAUGAAGAAGAAUCGCUAUAGAGACGCAUUACAGUCCUUGCUUCGUCUACGGAAUCACCCUGUGCAGGCCGCUCGAGACUUGUAUUACAUUCAUGCGCAGCUUGAGCUCGAAUUCGAAUUUAUUAAGAAGGGCAACUAUAUAAACCGCUUCAUCGAGCUGUUCACGAUCCCCCGAGUACGCCGAGCCACCCUCGCCUCGUUUGUUGUCAUGAUCGCACAGCAAAUGUGCGGCAUCAACAUCAUCGCGUUUUACUCGACGAGCGUUUUCAAGGAAUCAGGGGCCAACGACAACCAGGCACUGCUGGCCUCAAUGGGGUUUGGACUCGUCAACUUCGUCUUUGCAUGGCCCGCAGUCUGGACUAUUGAUACCUUUGGACGACGGUCUCUGCUCUUGUUCACCUUUCCUCAGAUGGCAUGGACGCUCCUUGCUGCUGGACUGUGCACUCUGAUACCUGGGACAGGCGGAGCUCAUCUUGGCCUUGUGGCCAUGUUUGUUUACCUCUUUGCGGCCUUUUACUCACCCGGUGAGGGCCCAGUGCCGUAUGCAUACUCAGCCGAAGUGUUUCCUCUAUCGCAUCGUGAAGUUGGCAUGUCGUGGGCUGUGGCAACGUGCUUAUUCUGGGCGGCUGUCCUGUCCAUCACGUUUCCCCUGAUGCUCGACAGGCUGCACGCGAUAGGGGCCUUUGGUCUGUACUCGGGCUUCAACUUUAUUGCGCUCAUCAUGAUCUUCCUCUGGCUGCCAGAAACGAAGCAGCGGACGCUAGAGGAGCUCGAUUACAUCUUUGCGGUGCCUACCCGCGUCUUCAUGAAGUACCAGGUGACCAAGGCACUCCCAUGGUGGAUCAGACGAUGGAUCUUGUUCCAGCGAGACGUGACGCUGGAACCUCUAUAUCAGUUCGACGUUGGCGAACCUGAAGACAGUCAUAGCACCGAUGCCGGAUACGAGAACGACAAGGCCAAGGUUGAGCUCAAAGACACUGUUGGGCUGACGAAUGCCAUAUGA